AUUGUCCCUUGCAUGUGCCUUGCAUGCACGCUGUGGGUUGGUUGUCCCUUGCAUGCAUGCGUGCAUGCUGUGUCUGCCAGCCAUGUGAUCGUGAGUAAUUUACUUCAACUUCUUGUUUCCACGUCGAUUGUUAAUCGCGAGGACUUUUUCGACUUCCCCCCUGGACGUAACUGCGGUCAGAUGCACGCCGCACCAGCCGCGAUUGCAGUUCGAUACAGCCAGGGACGUCCUCGUAUGCAUAUGCUCUCAGAGAGGACGUAAGCAAGCCAGCCAGCCAGCGUGCGAGCGAGAGAGAGAGAGAGAGAGAGAGAGAGAGAGAGAGAGAGAGAGAGAGAGAGGGGUAUUAUACGCGCGACCGCGAGCACACCCGCGAGCACAGAUAUCCAGACAGAGACACACACACACGUUCACACACAGACGCAAUCAGGAAUGACGUCAACGACAAUUUCUCUUUCUUGUGCGAGUGCUAUAUCAUUGCCGUCCAUCGCUUCCGCAAAGAUUGCUUGUUGCUCACCCUCUGUGCACGCUCUCUCUCUCCCCUCCCUCUUUCUUCCUCCUCCAGCAUCCCUUCUUCAGCGUCCAAGUGUCCUUCCAACGACUUUCCCGCCAAAUUUCUUCGUUAGCGGGAGAGUCCCGCCAAGGGACAAGACGAGAUCGACGGCCAGCAAGGUCAUCACGAUGACCAGCGGAGAAAGCACCGUGGAGAGAGAGGGAGGAGAGGGAGAGGGGGAGGUGGUCCUCUACUCCUCUUGGUAUUGUCCUUAUGCACAGCGUGCGAGGAUUUCUCUCGAGGAGAAGAGAAUUGCAUAUCGGCAAGUGGAGGUCGAUCUGUCCAAUAAGCCGCCAGAACUUUUGGCGGCAAAUCCACGUGGACUGGUUCCCGCCAUAAUUCACAACGGCAAGAGCCUGUUCGAAUCCAUGGUGGUGGCAGAGUACCUGGACGAAGCAUUUCCACGUGGCAGCAUCGGAGUAGAUGGACUGCCACGUGGCGGGCUCAUGCCCGUACAGCCGUACGAUCGUGCAAUCGCUCGCAUCUGGAUCGACUUCGUCGGGAAGAAGAUAACCGCUACUUUCCUCAAGGUCUUACAGACACAAGAUCCAGAAGGACAAGAGAAGGCGAAGAGCGAGUAUCUCGGGCACAUCAAAGAGCUUUCCAGCGCUAUGGAGGGAAUAUCGCCGGACGGUCCUUUCUUCAUGGGGGAAGAGUUCGGCAUCGUCGACAUUGCGCUCGUUCCAUUUGCGAUGCGACAUGGCGUUCUCAAACAUUUCCGCGAACUGUCCGUUCCCGACUCACCGGAAUUUUCGCGCUUCAGGGUGUGGUUUGCUGCGGCCGUCAACUGGCCAAGUGUGAAAGCAACGUCAUUUGACGAGAAAGAUAUCCUUCCGAUCCUGAGCAAAUAUGCGAACAACACUGCCACUUCACAAGCUGCCAUAGCUAUCAGAAAUAAUGCCCCUCUACCUUAACAGCCAUCGUACUCAGACUGUUUGAAUUGAAUGAAUCUGGCCUGUAAUUGUGAAUCGUACGCAGACUUUUGAACUGAAUGAAUCUGGCCUGUAAUU